AUGACGGAUGCGAGCAACGUCGCUGCAAGCUCCCGGAGCAGAGCAGACUCACGCUCUUCCAGAGGCAGCACCGAUCUCUCGCUCUUCGCAGAGCCUUCCGAUUUUAGACCAGCCACGCCACCACCCACAAUGGCGCACUUUACACUCCCAGCAGCUCCAAGUGCGGCCACGACCAUGUCGGAGGACAUUGAGCUGAAGCUGGUUGGAUCUCAUCCGCUUUGGGGUCAUCACCUUUGGAAUGCUGCUCCUGUCCUGUCCAGGUACCUGAAUGCGCACGCAGAUUCGCUCUUGAGGAACACUGACGUCCUCGAGCUUGGAGCCGCUGCUGGUCUGCCGUCUAUCGUAUGCAAGAGGAGGGGUGCCAGGACGGUGGUGGCAACCGACUGGCCUGACAAUGAAUUAAUGGCAAAUCUUGAGAGCAACUGCAAACCCCACGGCUGUGUCAGCCAGGUGAGUAAGCGCUGGCAUGAAAAGACGCUGUUCCCGGGCGAGUGAGAUGACACGGAUAUCGAAUCUUCAUUGAUCGUUCACUCUGUACUCCUCAGGGCUUUGUUUGGGGCGCAGAUCCCUCGAUCGUCACGCAACACUUGCCUUCCGAAGGAGACACCAAAACAGAGCGCUUCUCAUUACUGCUGCUAUCAGACCUCGUGUUCAAUCACCAAGCACAUCCUGCGCUUCUGAAGACAUUGAGCGAGACACUCAAUCAAACUCCGUCUGCUCCUAGCGUACCACGCGCCGACGAUGUCCAUGCACAAGAAACCAGCAGAUUUGAAGAUGCCUCCGCUGAGCAGUUGGCAGACGUCGGAUGCUCGAUUUGCCCACAGUUGCCUUGCGCGCUGGUAUUCUUCAGCCAUCACAGACCGCAAUUUGCGCUCAAAGACAUGCAAUUCUUCGAGAGCGCUAGAGGGCAAGGAUGGGUGGCCGAAGAGGUGGGAAGAUGGAGGAUGCCUGUGAGUGCUCUUGACGGUCACAUAGGCGCGCAUCGGCACCACACUUGACACCAAUGCCGUCAUUGGCGCAUCUUCCCCAGCCUAUGUUCAAAGAUGACCCAGGGGACGAAGCCAUUCGAGGUACUGUGCACGGCUGGAGGCUCUUCAAGCCAGCAGCAAGCUGA